AUGGAUUGCCCUCCUGGUAGUGAGCAAUACUUUGGACCCCAGGUCGACCCCCGGUGUAGACCAUUUGACUUCACUUUGCUUUUUGAAGACAUCUUUUUUGUUGCUGUGCCGGCUGUCGUAGCUUUUACCGCGAUCCUUGCUGUGCAAGUCGUAUACCUUGUGUUUAGAGCUCAAUAUGUCGAGUUGCGAACUAAGUUAUCUCUUCCGGCGGAUAUCUUGAGCUCUACGGCUACGGUAGCCGCAUUCUUCCUAUCUAGAGCAAGCCAUGGACGAUCACUUCGCCCUUCAACAGUCCUCGACUUAUAUCUAUCCUUAUCGAGUCUCUUGAAUAUCGCUCGAACAAGGACCUUGUGGCUACUGGCAGCUGGCAGCCCUGUCCCGAUUCUCAUGACUGUGAAUCUCUCCCUCACAUUAUUUGCCCUCCUAUUGGAGUCCAUUGAGGAGAGAAAGCGUCUUUCGAAUGGUUCGCCGGAGGAAUUUAGCGGGAUCUGGGCCAGAAUUAGCUUUUCCUGGCUUCUGCCCUUGCUCAAGACCGGCUAUGACAAGGUUCUUUCUCAGGACGAUUUGCCUAAUCUUGACACUAGGCUUCAAAGCAGGUUACUGCGUCGCCAGCUGAUCACAACCUGGUCUAAAUAUGAUCCAAAAGCUCGACAUAGUCUGGUGAAGGCAUGUUUUCGGACCCAUCUUUCGACCUUACCUUCAGCUGUGAUCCCCAGAUUGUGUGUCACUGCAUUCACUUUUGCUCAACCAUUUCUAGUCGAGACCACAAUUGGAUUCGUUGGCGAUGAGAACGCCAAGCCAUAUCACGGGAGAGGACUCAUUGGCGCAUGGGCUCUUGUGUAUUUGGGUAUUGCCUUAUCAAGAUCUCUAUACAAAUAUGAAACCUCUAGAUUCAUCGCGAAGCUGAGAGGGGGGCUAAUUGCCCUUGUAUAUCAACGAAGCCUGAAUAUCCGCACCGCCGACGAGGGAGAUAUAUCUGCCGUCACUCUAAUGGGCACCGAUAUUGAACGCAUAGCGAGUGCGAUGCAGCUGCUUCACGAAACUUGGGGCUCUCUUCUGGAAAUAGCAAUUGCAUGUUGGCUCCUAGAGCGGCAGCUUUUCCUGGCUUGUCUCGCCCCAAUUGCUCUCGUAUUAGUAUUCAUCGGUAUUACAUCCCGAAUAUCGGUAGCUACCCAGAAUGCACAAGUUGCAUGGAUAGAAAAGGUUCAGGAAAGGCUGCGUGCGACCACGUCUCUGCUCGGGGACAUAAAGGCUAUCAAGAUGCUUGCGUUACCGCAAGUUGUAUCGAGGCUGUUGACGAACCUCCGAACUAACGAAAUCAAGACGUCGAAAACAUUUAGGGAGUUGCUCGUUGCCACAUUAAUGCUCUCCCUCACGCCCUUGAAUCUCGCUCCUGCCGCGACAUUUGGCAUCUACGUCGUCAUAUCCGUCUACUGGACCCACGGAUCUUUAUUGACGACCCAAGCCUUUACCUCCCUGGCUCUGAUAGGUCUGUUGACAGGUCCUGUCAUAGUCUUCAUUCAGUCCUUGCCCCAGGUUCUGCAAUGUGUGGGCUGCUUUGAUCGUAUCCAGCAAUACUCACCUGAUAGUCCUCCCGAGCCCUUUGAUGCUCCGCAUGGCGACACCAUUUCUCUACACAACCUUGAGCUUGAUAUCCGUCAAGAGGCCAUUACUGCGAUUACUGGCCCAGUAGGAAGCGGCAAGUCGUCAUUGAUGAGUUGCAUUUUGGGUGAAAUGAUCGACAUUUCAUCCCCAGAGGGCCAACCGAAAGUAUCUCGGCAAUACUGCAAACAUGUAGCAUACUGCUCCCAGCAGCCGUGGCUUGAGAACACCACCAUUCGUAACAAUAUCCUUAGCUCAUCGCCUUACGAGAGGAAAUGGUAUGAUGAGGUCGUUUCUUCUUGCGGCCUCAAUGCCGAUCUCAAUCGUUUCAAAAAGGGAGAUAAAACGAACAUUGGUAGUAGAGGCCUCAACCUCAGUGGUGGACAGAAGCAGCGCAUAGCCCUAGCUCGAGCCGUAUACGCAAAGAAACCGAUAGUACUUCUCGACGAUGUAUUCAGCGGCAUGGAUGCCCAUACUAUCGACGUCGUCUCUUCCCGCUUGUUUGGCCGUGUAGGUCUUCUUCGCAGGCAGCGAGCGACUGUCAUAUUUAGUACUCAUCACCGUAAACUCAUGGCACUUUCGGAUAUCAUCAUCGUCCUAGAAAAUGGGAAACUCACAACCAAUGGAGAUGUCACCGAAGCUGCUGAGCCUUCAAAGUUGCCAACAGCUGAAGAGGUUUUCGAUAUUGCCGCGGACGUCGCCAUCAACAUCUCUGAAGAGACGGAUGGUAAGCAUGUUGAUAUUCGGCGUAAAAAGGGCGAGCUCUCCGUUUAUGCAUAUUACCUUGCCAGCUCCGGCUGGUACUUUGUUAUCCUGUAUAGUGCUGCCGUUACAGGGUGGAUCUUUUGCAUAGAAUUUUCGAAUGUGUGGAUGAAGUGGUGGUCUGCUGCCAAUGCUUCAGAGCCAGACAAGGAUAUCUGGAUGUAUCUUGGCAUCUACGCCCUUCUUGGUAUUCUUGGCACGUUAAGCGGCUGUAUAUGCGCUUGGGCGGCUUUUAUUUACAUCAUCUCGCGGUCAGCUGCUCAACUACACUCAAAUCUUCUACAAGCAACGCUCAGAGCGCCGUUUUAUUCCCGGUCAACAAGAGAUCUUGGAGAGCUCCUUAAUCGAUUUAGCAGAGAUAUGGAGCUCAUCGAUAUGGAGCUUCCUAGUAACAUGGUCAACUACACCUCCACUGUCGUCUUGUGCAUAGCCAAAGUCGUAAUUAUUGCCGUUUUUACUCGGUAUCUGGGAGUGACAAUCCCUUUCUUCGCCGUCUAUGUCUAUUUCCUCCAGAGUUUCUAUCUGCAAACGUCUCGCCAAAUCCGACUACUUGCCAUUGAAGCCCAUGCUCCUCUAUUUACUCAUUUUAGUGAAUCAAUCGCAGGAGCAGUAACCAUCCGGGCGUUUGGAUGGCAAUCGUACCACCAGGAGCGUAAUUAUCGUCUCACUGAUGCUUCACAGAGACCUGUCUAUCUACAGAGCUGCAUCCAGCAUUGGCUUAGUUUUGUGCUGGAGAUGGUGACUACAGUAUUGGCAGUUCUUCUUGUCUCUACAGUCCUUAUCUGGAAAGACAGGUUUAGCCCUGGAAGUGUUGGUGUGAGUCUUGUCACUGUUAUUGGAUUCAGUGAUGUGCUGGUGCGACUUGUUCAAACCUGGACGACUUUGGAGCCAAGUAUCGGUGCAGUGUCGAGAGUCAAACGCUUCGCAGAGGAGACGGAGACAGAGGAGCGGAAAGAAAAAGGAGCAUACGUGCCAGCUACAUGGCCACAGGCCGGCGCCAUUGAAUUUGCAGGCUGGACAACAGCUUAUGGUACCACAACGGACGCCAAACCAGUACUAGACGGUGUUUCAUUGUCCAUCAAAGCCUGGCAACAUGUUGCAAUAUGCGGUCGAACAGGCAGCGGCAAAACCUCUCUAAUACUUUCCCUGUUACAGAUGACUGAAAUUGUCGAAGGCAGCAUCUCGAUAGAUGACGUAGAUCUUUCGACUCUCACCUGCGCAGAAGUGCGCUCACGUAUUAACGUCGUACCUCAAGAUCCCUUCCUGAUGCCAGGCACCAUUCGCUUCAACGUUGAUCCCUGGAAUAGUGCUUCAGACGAGGACAUUAUCCGUGCGCUUGAGCAAGUGCGACUACGGACCAUCAUUGAUGAACAGGGAGGAAUAGACAAGGAGAUUGAUUUGUCCUCUUGGUCUUCUGGGCAGAAGCAGCUUCUUUGUUUCGCCAGGGCGAUGCUGAAGAAGAGUAGGAUUCUCAUCUUGGAUGAAGCAAUGAGCAGUGUCGAUCAUGACACAGAAGCCAUCAUGCAGGAAAUCAUCGACACGCAAUUCAAGGAGUGCACAGUCCUCGCGGUGAUGCACCGUCUAGAGCAUAUUCGUCGCUACGACAAGGCCGCUGUGUUUGGGGACGGGAAGCUGUUGGAAUUUGAUGCCCCUGGGACGCUUCUGUCUAGAGACACAAAUCUUGCAAAGCUUUAUUCUUUCUAUCAGAGUUGA